AUGGAACACAAAAAAAUUAAAAUUUCGAGAUUUCUCCAGCUUCUACUCAUUUUAAAUUUAUAUAUAGUUAACAAUGGCUUUAUUUUAGCCGCGAAUCCAGAAUCCGACCGAAUCGAAACGUUUAAAAAUGCUCAUCUUCUUAGAUAUGGAGAUUAUAAUAAAGAAAUGGACCCCUAUUCGGCUAUCCCUUUGUUUGAGAAGGUUUCUGAAGGAUAUUCUGAUAUUAUUGCUCAAGAAUCCUUAUUUGAGUUGGGAACAAUUUAUCUUUUAGGCUAUAAACGAUUUUUUACCAUUCGAUAUGAUAUAGCAAAAGCUACACAUUAUUUUUCAAAGUCGGCGGAGAUGGGCCAUGCCAAAUCGCAAUACUUUCUGAGCUUUUUAUUAUACUAUAAUAUUAAAAAUGGGCCUGGAGUUAAUAAAAAUACGGCUAUAAAAUACCUAAAAUCGUCAGCAAGAAGUGGUUAUGUGCCUGCUAUGCUGGCUUUAUCAUUCCACCUAAUGUAUCAUGACUUAUCAGAUAACUUAAGCCAAGUCAUAAGUUUAUAUAAGAGAGUUGUGAGAGGUGAUAGCAAGCACUUGAUUGAUUUCCUGGUGCCGCUUGAAUAUCUAAAAAUUUCAAAGACUUCGUUGGAUAGAUAUAAGGAAGAUUUAAAUAGUUUGUUGAAAAUAGAAGAGUACGCGGAAUUAUCUGAGUUGGAAGAUUCAAUGAGGAAUGAAGAGGGGAACCUGUCGAAGAGAAAGGGUAGUUGCAGUGGACUUUCUAAUGAAAAACAAGAGCCUGAAAACCCAUUUGAAGAAAAAAUUAACGAGUUUGAGAAAAAAAUCGCACCAGAAAACAUGUCGUCAUCGCUGUUGGAACUGGCGACAAUGUAUAUGAGAGGGAUUGGAGUUCCUAAAAACUAUGAAAAUUCAAUUCAGCUUUUAGAGAGGGCAGUUUCACUUGGUAACUCAGAUGCUGCAAAUUGUUUGGGAAUCAUAUACUUCUUUGGAGCCAGGGAACCCGAGCAAGGGAGGUCAAUACCAGUUAAUUAUGACUUAGCCUUAAAAUACUUCUUGAUAGCAGCCAGAUCACAUAAUUCUGAAGCACUAUUCUUUAUCGCAGAAAUCGUCUCAAUUAAGGCCCGAAACGGAGGGACUAACUAUUAUUAUCUAGAACUACCAUAUAUAUACCAGCUGUACAGGUUAUCAGCAGACUAUGGGUACUGUAGAGGCUACUGUAGAUGCGCACAAAUGUUAGAGGUUGGACUUGGAACUGACUUGAAUCUAAUGGAAUGCGCCCUGAAUUACAAAACUGCAGCUGAUCAAAUUUUCGUAGAGGAGGAGUUCUAUCUCUCUUUCUUUUAUUAUACUAAGAAAAACUACCAUGCAGCUACCAUUUUAAGUGCACUCGCUGCAUUUUCAGGACUAGUGGCUGGUCACUGGAAUGCCGCUAUGCUAAUAAACGAGGGUAAAACAGACGUAUUCUCUAAAGGUGAACUGAAAAUCUUCCUCAACGACGCGCUUCUUCAAGGUGAAACUGAUACCCUCUACUAUAUGGCAAAAUUAGCCGAGAGUGAGGGUAAGGAACGAAUAGCUCAGGAACUAUACCAGAAAGGCUUUAAUUCGGGAGAUAUGAACUGCCUCGAUCCAUUGAUAAGGUCAUUCUCUAACAAUGAUAUAAAGAAGGCAAUUGAGCUUCUGGAAUAUAAAAAGUAUCGCAACAGUGUAGAAUUGAAUAAUGGAGACCGUGGACUGGUUAACAGCUACUGCAGUGAUUUGGGAUCAAAUGGCAACUUGGCGUUUCUGAAGAUGAAGCAGUUGUUUUAUAAUAUAUUUACUUAUUAUAUGCACUAG